CCUUCAUCACAAGAACAUACACUCACACACACACGCUUUUGUUGUCUUUUUUAAGGGCUCACAGCUACACCAACUAAGUCUGCAACUUUUGAGUGCGAUGUGCAGAGGAUUCGACUUUCUUAAGAGAAAUUAGAAAUAUUUGUAUCAUUAAGAUUCAAAACAACUUUUUUGUUAUUGUAAAGAUAACGCUUACAUUUGAACGAGAACGAGGUUAAACAGCAUCGGUCUGAUCGUCAGGGAAUGAUGUAGUUUAGUUCAAUGUGCUGUACUGAAGGAUAAAGUUUGGGACAGUAGUACAUAGCCAUUUUGGCAUCCUUUUUAUAGGUUCAGGAUCGUAGAUCUUGGUAUAAAUUUGUGUUGAAUCUUGUGUUAUUGUUUCUGGAAGAGUUUCUAGUAAGAAUGCCUUUUAGGGAUACAUCUAUGAUAUGGAAAGGAGUGUUUUGUCUGCAGAUCCCUGGUUUUAUUCUCUCAUUGGUCGGCUUUGGUACCAGUACUAUCAUUAUCUUCACUUACCUGAAGAACACCGCGACGGCAGGGCUGUGGAAGCAAUGUUCCAACGAUAACUGCUAUGACAUGAGCCUCGUUUUGAAUUACAAACAGGAGAGUACAGUAUGGCUUGACGUCAGUAAAGGAAUGAUGAGCAUUGCUUUAAUUGGCCAGUUCGCCACGAUAUUGCUGACGACGUCGGGGUUCAUUUUGGCACUGACCAAAAUGAUCGGAUGGUGUACUGCUGCCGCCUCUGCAGUCUCAGUUGUGUUUGGCACGAUAGGGUCAGGUGUCGCCCUCGGAGAACUGAAGCGAAUCUUUGACGUCAACGUGACCUAUGACCCGGGAUAUUCUUACAUCCUUUUUAUGGUUGGCCAGGCUUUCUUUUUGGUGGCUGCCUGUUUGCAUGCUGUGGAUUCUAGAACAAGACCAAAAUAGCUUUAUUAUUAUUUUUUUUUUUUGAAAGUACAAAAGUACAUAUUGGAAAUCACGUUGAGAUCUUCUGGUAUGAUAGGAAAGAAGCAAAUUAUGUGUUUUUGUGCGCGACUUGUGUGUGUAUAGAUGUCUGUGUGUGUGUCUAUGUUUGAGUGGUAAGUAAUCGCGUCAGAAAACAGCGAUUUUUUAAACAUUUUAUGGUGUAACAAAUUAUUAUUAUUAUUAUUAUUAUUAUUAUUAUUUACAUAUAUAUAUAUAUAUAUAUGUAUAUUCUUAAACGAUAUGGACAAAGAAAGAUAGAAACAGUGAGAACAGUGAUUUAAUAGUGAUUGAUUAGUGUGGAAAUAGUGUGGUACAAAUAGCGACGAAUAGUGGCGAGAGAGAGAGAGAGAGAGAGAGUAAAACGAGAUGGAGAAAAAAAGAAAGAUGGAAUGUAGAAAAGAAUGAAAGAGAAAGAAAGAGAAGGUAGCGAAUGAGAGACAGUAGAAAUGGCGAGGAUGGAUUCCUGAACCUUGGUAUAAGAAAGAUAACUCUGAAAAGACGAAUGACAGUUUUCAUUAUCUGCCCUUAUCAUAGAAAUCAUGUCGAACUUUGUGUGUAAAACAAACAAACAAACAACAAACAUCUGUUACGUCUGAAAAGGUAGAAUAAUAAAAUGAUUUUAAAAACA